UAUCCUUUUCAUCAUUUCAUUCAUUGGGGUUUCUGUAGAGGAAACACAAAAAACACUUCUCAAAUUUCGUCAGCUUCUAACACCAGCUUUUUCUUCUCAUCCGAAGGCAAAAAAAAAUUGAGAAUUUUGGUCAGAUAAAGAUGGCACUAGAAACUGUGGUUUUCUCACAAGACCCAUUUGGCUAUGGCUUCAAGGAUUUCUACUCCUUGUUAGGAGGACCCGGAGGAGCUAAUUGGGGCUAUGAUUUGUGUCUCCAACAACAACAAGAAGAUCAAGAAUCGUUGGAAGAAGACAAAUCCCUUAUUGGGAUUUUUGACAAUCGCAUAUUGGACCAAACUGUGCAUGCAAAUUGGGACUACUCUUCCUCACCUCCUUCAGUCCCACACAACAUUAAUAAUGAGUUAGGAAUAAUGUCGGAUCCGUAUUCUUCCCCCGAGGCCUGUACCGUCGACCAAUCAUAUUCUCCUCCUGCGUCGGCCGAUCCUGCAGUUGCGGAGCAGGCCCCGUCGACCGCCACCGUGGGACGGCGGAAACGACGCCGCACCAGGAGCAGCAAGAACAAGGAGGAGCUUGAGAACCAGAGGAUGACCCACAUUGCCGUCGAGCGCAACCGUCGCAAGCAAAUGAACGAGUACCUUGCCGUUCUCCGAUCCUUGAUGCCACCCUCUUACGUCCAAAGGGGUGACCAAGCGUCAAUAGUUGGGGGAGCAAUUAAUUUUGUUAAGGAGCUAGAGCAGUUCUUGCAAUCAAUGGAGAGCCAACACAAGAGAGCAAAGAAGCAAGACAAAGACGAAGAUGGCUUUUCUUCACCAGUUUCAUCGCCGUCGUCGUCGCCAUUGGCCGAGUUCUUCACCUUCCCUCAGUACUCGACGCGUGCCACGGCUCAAAACGCUUCAACAGAAAACAGAGACUCCUCCGUUAACAACAACAACAACAACAACAACAACAAUAACAGCAACCGGUGGGCGGCUGCCGACAUAGAAGUGACGAUGGUGGACAGCCACGCCAACCUGAAAAUACUCUCAAAGAAACGCCCCAGACUUCUCUUGAAAAUGGUUGCUUCUUUGCAGGCUCUUCACUUCAGUAUUCUUCACCUUAAUGUCACCACUGUGGACCAAAUGGUCCUUUACUCUGUUAGCGUCAAGAUUGAGGAAGGAUGCCAACUGAACACUGUGGAUGAGAUUGCAGCGGCUGUUAAUCAAAUGCUGGGCAGAAUUCAAGAAGAGCCUUCUUUCACCUGAAUCUUGAAAACUUUUCAUUUUUUUUUUUCUUUUUCUUU